AUGGAAAUGGAGGACCAGUACAAUUUAGGAGAUCUCAGGCAGCUCAUGAACGGAACCGGUAGGUCUCACUUCCAGGCCAUCCAGAAUCCGGCGGAGCUCUUCCCCAGUAGCCACCACCACCGGCCUCAGCUCCUCGCUCCGGCCCAUCAUCAGCAUCAUCAUCACCAGCAACAUCCCUACGAGAUCAUGAUGAUGGGUCGGCUUCCGACCUCCCACGACAUGGUGCCACGUGGGAUUCAUGAGUUUCGGUCAGCUGACUCGGCCGGUGGUGGUGGUGCUUGUACUAAUAACACUGUUGCGGCUACUUCUUGUCUCAGUGGCGGCGGCGGUCUGGAGGUGGAGGCUGGAGGCUGUCUUGGCGGUGAUGGCGGCUCCGGGAGGUGGCCGAGGCAAGAGACUCUCACGCUUCUGGAGAUCCGGUCACGACUCGAUCACAAGUUCAAAGAGGCUAAUCAGAAGGGGCCGCUCUGGGAUGAAGUCUCUAGGAUCAUGUGUGAGGAACAUGGGUAUCAAAGAAGCGGAAAAAAAUGCAGGGAAAAAUUCGAAAACUUGUACAAGUAUUACAAGAAGACAAAGGAAGGAAAGGCCGGAAGACAAGAUGGCAAGCACUACAGAUUCUUUCGGCAGCUUGAAGCUCUCUAUGGCGAAACUAGCAACAACAUUGCCGCCUCAUCACUCCCGCCAGAUCAAUCCCAUUUCGUCGGUAAUAAUAAUAUCAAUAACAACAACAAUAAUAAUAGUUUUCGUUAUCAAGCUCAACCGAGUCAUCAAGAUACUACUACUGCUGCUACAUAUCAGUCCACUCAGAGCGUCUCGAACUCCUCCGAUUUCAAGGACUCCUCUUCCUCGGAGGACAACGGCGCCAGUGCCAUUGCUCCGAUAGACGAUGACGUGCUUGAGAUGAAGAGAAUGAGGAAGAGGAGGGGAUGGAAGGUGAAGAUAAAGGAGUUUAUCGACGUGCAAAUGAGGAAGAUGAUGGAGAAGCAAGACGAAUGGUUGGAGAAGCUGACGAGCACGCUUGAGCAGAAAGAAAGGGAGAGGGUGUUGAGAGAGGAGGAGUGGCGAAAACAAGAGGCGGGCCGGGCGGAGAGAGAGCAGCAGUUUUGGGCUAAAGAGAGGGCAUGGAUUGAAUCAAGGGAUAAAGCUCUCAUGGAUGCAUUGCAGAAACUAACAGGAAGUAGUACUAGCCAUGAAGUAAAGACUUCUUCUUCAACACCAGAGCAAGAUCACGAGGACAUUGUGAGUGAGCAACGGACAUGGCCGGAAUGCGAGAUUAACAGAUUGGUUCAGCUGAGAGGAAGCAUGGAGUCGAGGUUUAGUACUAAUCAGAGAGGUGGGUGUUCAGAUGAAAUUCUUUGGGAGGAGAUAGCGUCCAAGAUGAGUUGUUUGGGGUACGAAAGGAGUGGAAUGGUGUGCAAGGAGAAAUGGGAGAGCAUAAACUAUGGGAGCAAGUGUUCCAAGGAGUUGUUCAGUAAGAAGCGGAAGGAAAACAAUCUUUCAAGACCAACUUCUUGUUACUUUGGGAAUAAUGAGUCUAAUUCCUCAAUGUACAACAGUCAAGGAGGAGUCUAUGCUACUUGUGAAAUGAACAAUCAUGAACGUGUUGAUGAUGGUUCUCCUCCUGCUAAUCCAAAUGUAGGCAAUGCUGCAGUGGUGAACGAGACUUGUUUUCCAUUUUUGAUGGGUGAAGGAGACAACUUGUGGGAGAACUAUGGUUUGAAGCUCAGCAAGGGUAGUUAAAACCAGUGAAUUAGCGAUGAGGAUCGUAUCGAAGAUGACGACAACAACUUGUAAAAGGGUAACUGGAGGGUGGUUUUGCUGACUUGUUAUAUAAGCAAGGAGCUAACUGAGGAAUUCAUAUAUGCAUGUAUAGGAGAGAGGUUUGAUGUUUAAACUUCAGGGAGGAAAAUAAAUUAAGCAUUUUAUUUUCUUUCUGAUGUACUACUUAAUUGAGCAAGGGAGGUCUAAGCAACCUUAGUGUUGGGAUUGUCAUCCUCUCCAACCCAAACCCUGAUUUUCAAAG